AUGGAAAUGAGGUGGUGGCUGCGCUCGUGUAACGAGCUGCCUACGUACCCUGUUUUAGGGAUCAAGCCAGAACGUAGUUCGAUUAUCGCAACCUCCUCCGCGUAUCUCGUCCACGUGCAACUACCGAUCCCGCUAUUUCCGGAUCUGAACGUCAAAGCGAGAUUCUCGUUUGACCGUUCAAACUCAGCUUGCGGACUUGACUCCGUCGAGCUAGAGCUCGACUUCGUCUUCACAAGUAGCUCGGACAGUAAACAGCUGGAUUUUGGACAAGGAUAUUUGGUGGGCUCGAGGUCAUUUUACUGGGCCUGA